AUGGAUGAUAUCAAACUCUUUGCAAAAAAUGACGAUGAACUUCACAAGAUGAUAGCAGUAGUUAAACAUUUCAGCGAUGACAUCAAGAUGUCGUUUGGUAUAGACAAGUGUGCCAAAGUUACACUUGUACGAGGAAGGAGGGUAAAUACAGGCGACAUGUUUGUGCAAGAUGAGGAAACAUCAAUCAAGGAACUGACUAAUGAUUCGACAUAUAAAUACCUAGGCAUAGCUGAGAAUGAUGUCAUUAGCCAUAACACAAUGAAGGAGAAGGCAACAUCAGAAUACAAAAGAAGACUCAGGCUGAUCCUCAAAUCCGAACUGAAUGCCACAAAUAAGAUUGAAGCGAUCAACACUCUAGCCAUUCCUGUGCUUAGAUACAGUUUUGGUAUUGUUAACUGGAGACUAGCUGAUAUAUGUGGCCUAGAUGUUAUGACCAGAAAGCAAUUAACGAUGCACAGAUUACAUCACCCAAAGGCCGCAAUCGAAAGGUUGUACCUUCCCCGUGAUCUUGGAGGAAGAGGUUUACAACAAAUUGAGAUGGUCUGGAAUAUGGAAGCAACGAACCUCGCCAACUACCUAUCCAAUCCACCUGAUAUACUGACGAGUAUAUCCCUCGAUUAUGAUAAAUGUCAAGCAAUAUACUCCAUUAACAAGCAAGCAUCUAUCUUAUUGGCACAACAUCGACUGACACUACCCUACGGUGAAAAAGAGAAGGCAAGACUUAAAUGCUCCUUUCACAAGAAACUUCAAGAGCAACUUAAAUCCAAGCGACUUCAUGGCCACCAUGAAAAACAGACGCAUCGGGAGUUUGUAGACCAGAAAGACACACAUCAAUGGCUUAAGUCGGCGGGACUAAGAGGUGAAACUGAAGGGUUCGUCUAUGCUAUUCAGGACCAGGUGGUGAGGACCCGUGCCUACGAAAAAUCUAUCCUCAGAAGAGACACAGACGACACUUGCAGGAUGUGUGGAAAAGAGACCGAAACAAUCAUGCAUUUGGUAUCAGCAUGUUCGACUCUUGCUGGAACUGAGUACAUCACAAGACAUGACAAUAUUGCCAAACUUAUCCAUUGGCAACUACUGAAGGAUCGCGGUAAAAUGACUUGUGAUCACGCUUGGCAACAUCAGCCACAAACGAUCACCACGAUCAAUAACAGCACCAUAUAUUGGAACUGUGGCAUACUAACGGAUAGAACCAUCAACUGCAACAAGCCGGACAUCAUCGUCAGAGACAACAACGUAGUAAAUAUCAUUGAGGUCUCUGUUCCCCAUGAUAUCAACAUUGCUACAGACAAGGUCAUUGAAGCUAGACGACCAGACAUCGUUCUCUUAAAGAAGAAGGAAAAGGAAUGUCUCAUCAUAGAUAUUGCGAUUCCGGGAGACUGCAGAGCUUGGCGUAAAGAGGAGGAAAAGAUACAGAAGUAUAACGAUCUGGCAUGGGAGCUGAGAAGGAUAUGGAAGGUGAAGACGAAGAUGGUACCAAUAGUCAUCGGAGCCUUAGGAACAGUGACAACAAGACACAGAAGCUUUCUGGCUGUUCUAGGAGUCGAGGUGUCCUUUGAAACGAUACAGAAGGCAAGCUUGCUUGGAACAGCUCAUAUCUUACGGAAGGUCUUGAAUUAG